UCCCCACCCCCAAAUUAAGUUGCUUAGCAAGGGGGAAAGAGGCUUUUUCCUCCCUCCAGCAGCCCAGCCGAACGCCUUUCGUUUUUUGCCCCCCGCGGAUCUUCCAUGUAGGAAGCUGAGGCUGGCGAGCCCGACACUCGGGAGCCGCUGCGGGGGGGCCUCUUUUUGGGGAGGCGCCGACCCGGGCAGGCUUCGUCCUCCCCAGGGAAGCGGCGGCCGCGUUCCUCCGGGGUGCGCCGGGGCCCGAGAGCCGCGCACGGCGCGGGCCGCGCGGGGUGGGGCAGCCGGAGCGCAGGCCCCCGAGCCCCGGCGGGCGCCCCCGGGCCCCCGCGCUCGCCCCGGCCUCCGGGAGACUGGCGCAUGCCACGGAGCGCCCCUCGGGCCGUCGCCGCUCCUGCCCAGGCCCCUGCUGCUGCUGCUGUCGCCUGCGCCUGCUGCCCCAACUCGGCGCCCGACUUCUUCAUGGUGUGCGGAGGUCAUGUUCGCUCCUUAGCCGGCAAACGACUUUUCUCCUCGCCUCCUCGCCCCGCAUGUUCAGGACCAAACGAUCUGCGCUCGUCCGGCGUCUCUGGAGGAGCCGUGCGCCCGGCGGCGAGGACGAGGAGGAGGGUGCGGGGGGAGGCGGAGGAGGAGGCGAGCUGCGGGGAGAAGGGGCGACGGACGGCCGGGCGCAUGGGGCCGGUGGCGGCGGCGCGGGCAGGGCUGGCUGCUGCCUGGGUAAGGCGGUCCGAGGUGUCAAAGGUCACCACCAUCCCCACCCCCCAGCCGCGGGCGCCGGCGCGGCCGGGGGCGCCGAGGCGGAUCUGAAGGCACUCACGCACUCGGUGCUCAAGAAACUGAAGGAACGGCAGCUGGAGCUGCUGCUCCAGGCCGUGGAGUCCCGCGGCGGUACGCGCACCGCGUGUCUCUUGCUGCCCGGCCGCCUGGAUUGCAGGCUGGGCCUGGGGGCGCCCGCCGGCUCGCAGCCCGCGCAGCCGCCCUCGUCCUACUCGCUCCCUCUCCUGCUGUGCAAAGUGUUCAGGUGGCCGGAUCUCAGGCAUUCCUCGGAAGUCAAGAGGCUGUGUUGCUGUGAAUCUUACGGGAAGAUCAACCCCGAGCUGGUGUGCUGCAACCCCCAUCACCUUAGCCGACUCUGCGAACUAGAGUCUCCCCCUCCUCCUUACUCCAGAUACCCGAUGGAUUUUCUCAAACCAACUGCAGACUGUCCAGAUGCUGUGCCUUCCUCCGCUGAAACAGGGGGAACGAAUUAUCUGGCCCCUGGGGGGCUUUCAGAUUCCCAACUUCUUCUGGAGCCUGGGGAUCGGUCACACUGGUGCGUGGUGGCAUACUGGGAGGAGAAGACGAGAGUAGGGAGGCUCUACUGUGUCCAGGAGCCCUCCCUGGACAUCUUCUAUGAUCUACCUCAGGGGAAUGGCUUUUGCCUCGGACAGCUCAAUUCGGACAACAAGAGUCAGCUGGUGCAGAAAGUGCGGAGCAAGAUCGGCUGUGGCAUCCAGCUAACGCGGGAAGUGGAUGGCGUGUGGGUGUACAACCGCAGCAGUUACCCCAUCUUCAUCAAGUCAGCCACACUGGACAACCCGGACUCCAGGACGCUGUUGGUACACAAGGUGUUCCCCGGUUUCUCCAUCAAGGCUUUUGACUAUGAGAAAGCGUACAGCCUGCAGCGGCCCAACGACCACGAGUUCAUGCAGCAGCCGUGGACUGGCUUCACUGUGCAGAUCAGCUUCGUGAAGGGCUGGGGCCAGUGCUACACCCGCCAGUUCAUCAGCAGCUGCCCGUGCUGGCUGGAGGUCAUCUUCAACAGCCGGUAGCCACGUGGGGAGAGGACAGAGCGUGAGCCGAGCGGGCCCAGUCCAAACUACUUUGCUGCUAAUAUUUUCCUCCUGAGUGCUUGCUUUUCAUGCAAACUCUUUGGUCCUUGUUUUUUUUUUCCUUCUCGUCGUUCUUGUUUAUGUUCUGUUUUGUUUUGUUCUUUGAGAAAUAGCUUAUGAAAAGAAUUGUUGGGUCCUUUGGGGGGUGGUAUGGUAGGCAGAACACCCCAAUAUGAAGAGGGGAAGCAGAAAUCAAAGUCCCACCAAACGCAGUGUAUGCGUGGGGAGCAGGCCCUAACUUGAGGGCGUUUCCCUUGUCAUGGUUAUGUGUGAGCCAGUGUGUAUGUAUGUGUCUAUGAGUGUGUGCCCGUGAACGGCGGAUGGGGAAGUGGCAUGCUCUGUGUGUUUCUUAUGGAUGUCUCCGGCUGAGAGGUUUGCGCUGCCAAGCUGUGUCUCUGUUGCCCUUUUGGACAUGCUCAGGGGGCAGAGGCGGUACCUGGGCAAGCCACAUGAGUGUCCCAGCAGCUGCCAGCAGCAAGCCUCUGCCCCCAGCCUGGGGAAGCCCCCGCCCCUCCUAACCUUCUAGGACAUGGGCCUGUCUGCAGGCUUCUUAGAAGCAGCCCUGCCAGAGGCUGAACCAGAACCCACUGCCUCCAUGCUUGUCUUACUCUCCUCCAGCCACCCCGUUCCCAUUGUCGUGUCUUUCUUUUUUGGCCAUCUGCUCCUGGAAAUCUCUGAGAUGGGCUUCCCAAGGGCUGCCGGGGCAGCCCCGUCACAGUAUUGCUCACCCAGUGCCCUCUCAGGCCCCUCAGCUUCUCCCCUGCCCUGGUUACAUCAGGUUUUUCCCGGACUCAGAAAACCAGCUCAGCACUUUCCUCCCCUGCGCAGCCUGUGUGUUGAGCUCUGCUGUUAGACCAGCGAGGGGAGCAGCCCUGGGAGGGAGACUUCUCAGCAGCCCCCCUUCCCACGAAGAAGGAUUCGGUCCAUCAUCACCCAAGGUACCAUCCUGGGCUGACACCUAACUCUUUUUUCAUUUCUUCUAUAACUCAUACACUCGUAUGAUACGUUGACACUGCUCUUAGCUCAAUGAGCAUGUUUAGACUUUAACAUAAGCUAUUUUUCUAACUACAAAGGUUUAAAUGAACAAGAGAAGCAUUCUCAUUGGAAAUUUAGCAUUGUAGUGCUUUUGAGAGAGAAAGGACUCCUGAAAAAACGAGAUUUAUUAAAGAAAAAAUGUAUUUUAUGUUAUAUAUAAAUAUAUUAUUACUUGUAAAUAUAAAGACGUUUUAUAAGCAUCAUUAUUUAUGUAUUGUGCAAUGUGUAUAAACAAGAAAAAUAAAGAAAAGAUGCACUUUGCUUUAAUAUAAAUGCAAAUAACAAAUGCCAAAUUAAAAAAGAUAAACACAAGAUUGGUGUUUUUUUCUAUGGGUGUUAUCACCUGGCUGAAUGUUUUUCUAAAGGAGUUUAUGUUCCAUUAAACAAUUUUUAAAAUGUA